GGACAAGUGGGUAGAAGAAGCACUUUCCAAGUUCGAAGCUUUGAAGUUGUUUUUUCCUCUUACACCCAUUUACAUCUCUAAUCCAAAAAUGAAAUCCAAUGAGGAUGAGUACCUGGUGUUCGACAGAAUGCGUCAGUGGGAUCGGUCUUCGGUGGAAGUUUCAAUCUUGGAACUCACUUAUUACAAAUGGGUUCAUCCUAGUACCGGGGAUUCAGCCAAUAUGGCCAUAGUGCUAACGCUUGGAAGCAUUGCCUCUCUCUUGGCUGUGGGUGGCAAACCUUUGAAGUAUGAAAAAGUUGCCAUAUUUUCUGAUGCCCUUAAUCAUGCAUCUAUAAUUGAUGGUAUUCAUCUUGCUGACAGGCAAAGAAGCGCAGAACUCUUUGUAUAUAGACACUGUGACAUCCCACCUCAAUGCACUUUUAUCAAGUUGCAAAUUGAAGAAAAACGUUGUUGUCGCAGAUAGGAAAUAGAUUGUACCAAUGAGAAACAGGAAGGCAGGAAGGAUAGUGACCCUUCUUCUUAAGCACACCAUAAAUGUACAAGAAUGCUGACAACAUUGACAUUGUGGAUAUGGUAGAAAUGCAAAUAAUUUCUGAAGCUUGGUUAUGGAAAAUCUGUGGCAUAAUGGUGAUCAUACCCUUGGCUGAUGAGUGAUCAAUAAGACUAGAAUGUCAAAAAGUGACUGUUAUUUUGCCUUGUAUCCUUGUGUAAUUGUAGGCCUCCUGCCUUGAUAAAUGUUUUCCUUUUGUUGUUAACAAUAUAAACAUAACUUAGCA